UAGAAACAUUGGUUCCCCUACCCUUUAAGUGUUAUCUUCACAUCAUUUUGUUCGCAAGCUAGGCUAACGGCUAAGGUAGACAAACAUGUUGGUAGAUAAUAUAGUGUGUGCAGUUUACUAUAUCACCCGCAACAGCUGAAAUUAAUUGCUCCCAGUAACUGAGACUUGAACAUUUUGCGACCAAAAUCACAAGAAGCUAAUGUUAGCUCAGCUAGCGUUAAUGGCGAUGCUGGUAGCGAAUAGAUACCAGAUUAUAUUAUCAUAAAUCGUAGGUAUAACUUCCGAUGCGGACACUUAGUAUAAAUUAAGAAAGACCUCUAAGCAACAAGCAGUAACAAGCAGUAAAUGCGGUUUUACGAGCUGGAUACGUCAGCCAUACUGCUAAACUGAUAAACGUUGAUGCUGUGUUUUUCAGAUAGAAGGCACUGCGAAAAUCCGGGCAGUCGGUCGAAAUUCUACCUGUAUUGCACAAUGGAGAUAGUCAAACCUCAUCGAUGUGAAAAAUGUGGACAGAGUUUCUCAGACCAUGACAUAUUUGUCUCUCACCCCUGUUCAAAGAGGGUGACCGCUCCAUCCAGUAAAGGACAGUUGGCCAGCUACAAAUGCUCCCAGUGCAAUGAGGUCUUUUCCAAGCCAAGUGCUCUGAGACACCACUUCAAAAUGAUUCACAGUGGACACGACACUAGAGGUCUCUUCCCCUGCACUGAGCAAGGCUGCCAGUUCAGCAGCACAGACCACCAGGAAUAUCAAGCCCAUCUGACGUCCACUCAUCGUCUUACUCUCAUUCCUUGCCCCUUCCAAGACUGCAAAGUGUCACUGCCCACACAGGGUGAGAUGGAGAGACACUUGUGGGGCCACAUGCCCUUCAGCUGCUUUCAUUGUCAGUUUGUCACUGAACACUUAAAGGAGCUGAGUGACCACCUCUUGGAGCACAACCAUCUUCCAGCUUGUGCUCAAGGGAACGAGCCUGCGUCCACAACUGUAUGUACUACUGGAAGCCAUCAGCCUCAGGUGUCCGGCAGGCCAAAAAGAAAACUGAAAUCCAACCCAAUUUAUGUCCCAGAAGACGAGCACAAGGAACAGCCUGAGAGGAAAGGGCACAAUAUUAAAAUAGCAAGAAAGGCCAAUGGAAGAGACAAUCCUCCAGAAGUAGACAGUGCACCACUGAAAUCCAAAGAGUACCUUGCAGAGGGUGGAGAGCACAUCUAUCGCACCCACACCUGCCCUACGUGUCGGCGCUGCUUCAAAAUGCGGUCCCACCUGCAGGAGCACCUCCAUUUACAUUUUCCUGACCCCAGUCUCCAGUGUCCCAACUGCAAGCGCUACUUCACCAGCAAGAGCAAGCUACGCAUACACAAGCUUCGUGAAGCAGGUGAAAAGGUUCACCAUUGCCACUUGUGUGAAUAUUCUGCCGUGGAGCGGAACGCAAUCCGUCGGCACCUGGUCAGCAUGCAUGCUGAUGAGGCAGAAAAUGGCAUAAACAGUCAAAGCUAUCCUUGCCCCACCUGUGGUCAAAGCUUUCGCCAAAGCAGGUCACUUAAGGCUCACAUGAAGACGCACAACAUCCCACCAGACAGGAAGCCAAUGUCCUGCUUCCAAGAGGCUUGUUCUUUCCAGAGUUCGUUGCGCAAAGAACUUUUUAGACACACUGUUGAGGUCCACGGUGUCAAGGCAGUUGAAUGUCGCCAUCAUGCCUGUGGUGCCAUUUUCCAAAAAGAGACGGACAUGGAGGCUCAUUAUAGGACACACCUUGCCUAUCACUGUUCGCAGUGUGAUUUCUCUUGCUCCAAUAAAACUGUUUUCCUCCAGCACCAGCGGCACGGUCACCCAGGGAAUGACAAGCUUUGCUGUGACUUUUGCUCCUUCAUCACAUUUAACCCUGUGGAGUUUGAGCAGCACGUUGGACAUUUGCACGGCAACGAGAAGAUCCAUCGCUGUUCUCAGUGCAGCUACGUGACCUCGCAUAAACGUGGCUUGAAGAGACACAUGCUGAUGCACAGUGGAGAGAAGCCCCACAAAUGUAGCCUGUGUGAUUUCAGGUGCCGAGAUGAGUCCUACCUCUCUAAGCAUAUGCUCACUCACUCUGAUGACAAGAACUUCAUGUGCGCUGAAUGUGGAUACGUCACUAAAUGGAAGCACUAUCUGAAUGUCCAUAUGAGGAAACAUGCUGGAGACCUCAGGUAUCAGUGUGAUCAGUGUCCCUAUCGUUGUCACCGCAUGGACCAGCUAAAUAGCCACAAAUUACGACAUCAAGCCAAAUCACUCAUGUGUGAAAUCUGUGCUUAUGCCUGCAAACGCAAAUAUGAGCUUCGCAAUCACAUGUUGGCCAAACAUUCUGGAGAGGAGAAACAGUCAUCUGUCUAUAAGUGCAAAUACUGCACUUACACUACCUGCUACCGACAAGCACUUCAAAAUCAUGAGAACUGCAAACAUACCAAGUUAAAAGAGUUUCGCUGUGCGCUCUGUUUCUAUUCCUCAUUCAGUAGCAUCAGCCUCUUCCUGCACAAGAAGAAAGCUCAUGGGUAUAUACCUGGGGACAAAGCAUGGCUAGAGAACUACGCUGCAAAGGAGAAGGAGAGGAACUCAACAGAUUUCUUGCAGGAUUUUUACAAUAAGCGCUCAACAACUCAUGAGCAGUCUGAACAAUCCACUAAAGGACAUCCACCAUCUCAAAGAGAACGAUCUGAUCUUCUUGGUGCAGCAGAUCACAGUGCAAGCAAAGAAACUUUACCUGGAUCACAAACUGUGGAUGCAGUAAAGGUUUUGGAAGUUGUUUCUCAAGAGGUUGUUAAUAAAGGUAAUUCAGACAGUCCUCCAUCUGUGAACAGCCCAGAGGAGUACUGUACUCUUAUUUUAACUACACUAUCUACCACAGAUUAUCAAACCCCCUCACUGCAAAAUCCAGAGGAAAACUGUGCAAAUCCAAGUCCAAGAACAGCCAUUUCUGAUACAUCUCAAGAAAAGGCAGACUUCUCUACAUCUACGAGUUCAUUAGAGGAAGAUAAUGUAGCAAUUCCACAUGAAAAGUGUGCACUAGAUGACUUAGACGACAACUAUAAUCCUUUGAAUAGUUCAAACAGUCAACCAGUUGAGCCUGGGAAGUGUCAAACACCUGAAGUGGAGAGUGAUGGUGAAGAAAUCAGUUCCAUUUUGCCAUCUGAGCAAAACCAGCCGUUAGAAUCUGAUGUCCAUCUGAAAGCUAUGAAGAAGCACGACAAGGACCAAGCAGAAUCCAUGGUUUUGGAGGGACGGGUGCAGUUGCUUGUGGUACCGACUAAAGACGUUUAUCGCUGUGCCAAGUGCUCUUAUGUAACCUUCGAGGAGACCACUUUGAAGUACCACUGCCAGGCUUUGUGCCGUGGAAGGAUAAGGGAACACAAGUGCCAGGCCUGUGGUGCGCAGUUCAAACAGAGGCGAGGCAUCGAUAGUCACAUUGCAAAGAAGUGUCCAGCACUUCCGCGAAAUGCAAGGACAUUUGUAGGCAUUUCAAAUAUAUGUCUAGCUAUAGGGGAGAGCUCUAGUCAGGGUAAGGAGGGAUCCAAAAAAUCCAUAGACUCAAAUGCUCAGGAAUUUCAAGAGGAAGUAAGUACAUCUCAUUUAACAGUCUGUGAAGGCUUUGAUGAUAUUGCCUCUACAUCAACUGAACCAGGACAUCAGCAAUGCAAAACUAGGAUAAAUAAGCUUUUGAAAGUCAAGCUUAUGAAAAAACAAAUAGGUUCACAUAACAAAGACAGAGGAGUAUCACUGCAAAAAAAGUCCCUUUACACUAAAAAAGAUGGGAAGUUUAAAUGCAAGCUGUGCAAUUUUUCAUCAGUCAAGCUUGCAACAGUUGAGCGGCACCUCUCAACCUGCCAAAAAAAUUUUAUGAAAAGAGAGAAUCAGAUCCUUUCACAAGUGAAUAAGUGUUAUAAUGAGUCAGUCAAAGAAAAAGAAGGCUUGGUGGAUGAGUACAAUGGAAGAACCGAGCAGAAAGUACACAUUUUCUCUUGUCCAAGCUGUGCAUUUAGGUGCAAUCGGAAAACAGCAUUAGACAGGCAUAAAAAGAGAGGCUGCAUGAAGCCAGAUGAAGUCCAAUGCACCAUGUGUUCAUUUGUAUUUAAAUCUAAAAUUUCUUUGACCCAUCACAUUCUGUAUGUUCAUAAAAAAAAGAAGUUUGAUGUUGCUAAACCUAAUCAUUUGCAUUGUAAGGACUGUACUUUCACCUGUAAGCAAGAACGAUGCAUGGCGCAACAUGUCUCCCUCAAACACAAAGGUGUAAGGCCUCACCGUUGCCGAUACUGUCCUUUUGCCACCACAAGGCACUAUCGCUUGGAUGAGCAUGAGUCUCUUCAUACAGGAAUCGGUCGUCACAAGUGUGAUAUGUGUGACAAGACCUUUGGGGCUGUGUCCAAAUUGCGUCAACACAAGAUGCGUAUCCACGAUAAACAGCCUACUCACUUCUGCUCACUGUGUGACUUCAGUGGCUUUACACUUGAUGAUGUAAGGCGGCACAACCUCAGGUGCCACACAGGGGAGUUAGAGCAUGCUUGCACUCAUUGUGAGGCUCACUUUAGUUCAGAAAUUGCACUAAGAAAUCACUGUAAACGUGUGCACCAGCUCCAAGUCUGUUUCUCAUGCAAGCAGUGUGACUACACAUGUAGCAGCAAGGAAAAACUGAAGACCCACCAACAAAGCAAGCACCGUCAAAUAAAGUGCACUACCUGCCAGGAGUCUUUUGAGACAAAGGAAAGUCUGGAGAUUCAUCAGAGAACCCAUCUGGCACAUCAGUGUCAGCUGUGCCCCUUUGCUACUAAAACAAGGCAGCUAUUAGCUCAACACCUUCUGAAUGAACAUGAGGAGGGAUCUCUGGAGGACAAGCCUCUCAAGUGCAGCAUUUGUCAGUUUGCUUGUCGGCAUCAGCUGGUGUUAGAGCAGCAUCUGCGUUCACAUGGAGGCAAGCGUCUGUACAAAUGCACAGACUGCGAGUAUUCAACCCGGAACAAGCAGAAGAUCACAUGGCACAUUCGCAUACACACUGGGGAGAAGCCUUACAGCUGUGAGCAGUGCAGUUACACUUGCGCUGAUCCAUCUAGGUUGAAGGAGAGAGUAUUUACUUGGCAACAAGGAAAACUUUUAGUUGGUUAAAUUACAAUUCAAGAAUCUGGUUUGAACUUCAGCUUGGCCAACAAUAACUGAUGGUCAGAUGCCAUGCCCUCUCCUCUUUUCACUCCCACAUCCUGCAAAGACCUACAAAACUUCUUGGUGAUACAGAUGUGGUCUGUAAGGUUUACUGUCAAGUGGUCUAGCAAUACUGAAGUUUCCUGUUGUAUCUUCCUAUUGGGAAAUCUGCUUCCUCCAAUGACCACAUUUUUCAAUGCACACAAGUCUGCAAAUUUCUCACUUUUCUUGUUCAUCGCUCUGAUUCUAAGUAUCUCAAUACCUCCUCCUAUCUGGGGUUGUCAUUACUAAUCUUGCCGUUGAAGUACCCCAUUAGGAUGUUGACAUCCGCAGUCUUCCACAAUGCUCUAGUAGUCUGUUAUAGAACUGUUCCUUAGUUUCCUCAUCACUUUCGUUUGUUGGGGUAUAGCACUGGACAACUUUCAUGUUGAUCAUCUUGUUCUUGUUUCUGAACAGUGCAGUGAUAAUUAUAGGGCCCUGUGCUUCCCAAGCAGUGAUCUCUGCACUGUUCUUGACAACAUCAAGGCAACUCCCUGGGUGUGUGGUGGUUUAUCGUUCUCCUCAUGUCCAGAGUAUAGCAGCAUCUCUACUGUCAUCAGUCUCUUCUGUCCUGACUGUAUCCAUUUGUUUCGCAGAUGUCCAGCAGAUCAAGGUUGUAGUUUUUCAUCUCUGCUGCUAACUGUGCAGAUUUUCCAGCUACAAACAUGGUCCUCAUGUUCAGUGUUCCAAUAUUAAUUUUGCUGGUCAAAAGAAGGGUGGUCGGCCUUGUGGUUUCCAGAGACUUCCUGCUUGUACCACAUGGUCACAGAAUUCUUCUUGAAGAAGUCUCGUCUCCUCACACGGUAGACGUCUUUUGAGAUCAUGUUUGCACCUCUGUAGUUAGGGAUUUUUUUCUUGGGUGGGGUGGCUAACCCCAUGCCCAACUCUCCUUUUGCAUGGGAACAGCAUUUGCGGAGUUAAUUCAUGAAGUUUGGUUUGGUCAAACUGCCUGAAAAACACUUUUAAAGGUGUUGAAUUGGAAAUGACUUUGUUACAUUGAUUUGGAUGUAGAUAUUAAUAGUAGAUGGAUAGACACACACCUAGAAAUACAGAGAUGCAUUUAAUUCCUGCAAGCGAUGAACUGCGAAUAAGUAAAAAGGAACGUUAUUUUAUGUAUUUAUUAUUUUAUUACUUAUUUAUUUGUUUGGAGUUUUUUUGUUUUUAAACAAACUAGUUAUAAUGGAAAGGAAAGAUUACAGACUGUAUUUUGUUUGUAAUCCCUUGCAUUCCUCAAACAUUGUCCAAAGGCAGUGUCCUCAUUUUUUUCAGUGUUAUGUUCUAUGGCACUGAUUUUUUUGAGUAAAAUAAUCUGCCUAUAAUAGCAUCAAUGGAAGCAUAGGCAUUACAACCUU